AAAUCCAAGGUAAGUUAGUGCCAGGUGUUGAAAAAUAUUUGGUAGAAAGGGAAGUAGCUCACCACUUCUAGAACUUACCAGCCUUCACCUCGGCCCUUGCUCACGAUAGCUUCACUUUGUUCACUUCAGCAAAACGAAACAAAUUGCCUAGCGACGGGAAAUUCUGUAAAGAAGAUACAGGGAAGUGUACGAAACAAGGCAGGCGAAAACAAGAGACAGAAAAAAGAACAACGAAAAAAAGGAGUUUCGAUUCACCAAACAGGCACCCCUCGCCCCUUGACAGACAUACUGCAGCAUACCUCAGGUACCGAUAGCCCAAGAUGUGUCGCCGCGUCUACAAGCACUACACAGCCUGCGGCUGCGUCCUCAACGCCCUAUUCUACGACAAGUGCGUCCGCGGCCCGGCCUCGCCCCUCUGCCAAAAGACAACCGGCAUCGUCACCCGCAACGGCGAGACAUGCCCCUACCACACCCGCGUCGCCCGCCGUCAAGACCGCCGCCGCCGCCAAGUAGAUGGAGGAACCCAAGACUCGGAGAUAAUCCGCAUGUCCAUCGAGGAUCCCUCCACUUUAACCGGCACCGGCAAGGAGAUCACUCCCACGAAGCUCGAGGACCGCCACAAGCUGGGCGACUUCCAGUUCUUCAUCAAGGACCUUGACACGUUCCUAAAGAGGCUGUCGGAGCCUGAGAAUGAGACCCCGACCGAGUCUCAGCCCGAGCCCAAGCCCAAGAAAUCGGGAAAGAACGACCAGCUCAAGGACAAGAAGGUGAGCCCCAACCUGUCCCCCCUCACCGGCUGCUCAGACUGGACCGACGACGACGAGAACGACAACGCCAUCGCCCGCCGCAUUCGACGCGAGCGCCUUAAGAAGGAGUUCCGUGCUUUCGCCCGCGAGAAUGAGAAGAAGAAGGCGCUCUUCGACUUGAGCGACGAGCUCAUGAGCUCCGACUGCGGCGAUGACAAUGACGUCUCCGACAGCAGCAGCUAUACGGACCCGGGCGAUACGUAUCCUUCGCCCAUGAGCUUGAGCCCGUACUUCAACAAUGAAAAUGACAGCGACGUCUCCGAGAGCAACGAGUCGUCGGACGCGGGUGAUGUUCAUCCUUCGUCGUCGAGCCUGGAUUUCGAUCAGGGAGAUGACAGUGUCGUCCCCAAGAGCAGCAGCAGCAGCGAUUCGGACCACAGUCACAUGAUAUCUACGAUUCCGCGCCCGGUUCAGCGCGAUGGCGCUCUCUAUGCGGAUCUCUCGUGGCACACGCGUCCCGAGAACUCUGAUGAUGACAUGGGAGAGGAUGGAGAAACCGAAAAUGCGCCUGAUUACGACAGCGAAGACUCGGAUACGCCUGAUGCCGACGAGGAUGAUGGAGGAGACUACGUCCCGGAGCCUACCUGGCCUCCCACUGGGGUUGAGUGGACCUCCAAGCUCAAGUACAUGAGUGGAAUCCCCCGCCGCGCCGCCGCGAUGAUCGAUGAUUGGAACUGA